UAGGGUUUCGCCCUUCUCGUCCUUCUCCCUCGGAAAACCUUCACCCUCUCUCGGUCGCUUCCUCCGCGGCGCGCGCCCUCUUGCGUCUGCGCCGUCUCGAUCUCAGGUUGCAGUUUGUUGAUUGUUUACGAUGGUGAGGGUGAGUGUUUUGAAUGAUGCUCUUAAGAGCAUGUAUAACGCCGAGAAGAGGGGAAAGAGGCAGGUCAUGAUCAGACCCUCGUCCAAAGUGAUCAUCAAGUUUCUUCUGGUGAUGCAGAAGCAUGGUUACAUUGGAGAGUUUGAGUACGUCGACGACCACAGGGCUGGCAAAAUUGUGGUUGAACUCAAUGGAAGGCUAAACAAGUGCGGAGUCAUCAGUCCCCGUUUUGAUAUUGGUGUCAAGGAGAUCGAAGGCUGGACUGCAAGGUUGCUUCCCUCAAGACAGUUUGGUUACAUUGUGUUAACAACUUCAGCUGGCAUUAUGGAUCAUGAAGAGGCUAGGAGGAAGAACGUCGGUGGAAAAGUACUUGGUUUCUUUUACUAGGCGGAGUUAGUUUUGCCGAUGGAUCCCUGAGAUUUCUAUUUUGUGAGGGAUUUUGUCAUGUAAUUUUGAACUGGUUUUCCAUACGUUUCACCUUAUUGGGUUUUCACUUUUCGUCUAAUGGAGCUUUUGAUAUUUCUUUCCGCCUCUGUCCUCUACUGCAAUAUAUGCAGUUGACAAGAUAUACAGUUUGCCUUUUAAUUAUGGAUGUUCCUGCGAUUGUC